CAGGAGAAGAAUACGGUAAGUACUUGGUGUAAGACUACGUAUAAUGCGCUGAUUCACAGAUAAACAUGGCCACAAGCUCUGGUGGUAGCAAGCUGGGUGAAGGAGAGAGGGAACAUGCGUUGAUUUCAUCCCUGCAGUCUCUUUGUAAGGAACACGAUCGUGAAACAGCAAGACAGGCAAUCGAAACGCUAUUGACACUUGCAAACAACAUCAUAAAGUCGCCCAUUGAUGAAAAGUACCGCAGGGUCAAGACACAAAACAAAUCUUUUUCAUCCAAAGUUUGGUGCUUACCGGAGGCCCAGCAGUUUCUUCAUCACUGGGGAUGGAUUGAGGUUGAGGAAUGUGUUGUUCUUCCAUCAGACGAGGAUAUCCAGCUGGUCAAACAAAUAUUAUUAAAGAAAUUUAAUGCUAUUCCUUCAAGAUCAAGUGGAGCAGCCUCUAAAUCUGAGCCUCUCACAGAGAAAGAAAAACAAUUACAAGAAGAAAGAAGGAAACUCUUAGAGAGGAAAAAGUUGGAAGAUCAGGAGAAAGCAAGAAUCAAGGCACAGAUUGAAGCUGACAGAAAGAAUUUGAAAGAUAGAGAGAUCAGAGAAUCUAAAGCAAAAAAACUUGGCAAGUUUGGUGGAAAGAUGACAAAAUUUGAAGACAUUGGUGUUGACCUGAACAAGGGAGGUGGAUGAGGAUAGUUUUCUAUUGGGUCAAACCAAUGAUGCAAUCAAAUGAAAGACAUUAGCCACACAAGAUGACGACAUUUCUGGAAAAGCUUAUACAAGCCUCAGAGAUGUUUGAUGAA